CCCGGCCGCACACGACUGCGUCCCCAGCCGCAGGGAGAGAAUGCAAAGUGCCAUGUUCCUGGCUGUCCAGCACGACUGCGGAUCCAUGGACAAGAGCGCAGGCAACAGCCCCAAGAGCGAGGAGAAGAGGGGGAAAAUGAAGCGGACCCUAUUAAAAGAUUGGAAAACCCGUUUGAGCUACUUCUUGCAAAAUUCAUCCUCUCCUGGGAAGCCCAAAAAUGGCAAGAAAAGCAAACAGCAAACCUUCAUCAAGCCUUCCCCAGAGGAAGCACAACUGUGGUCAGAAGCGUUUGAUGAGCUGCUAGCCAAUAAAUAUGGUCUUGCUGCAUUCAGGGCUUUUUUAAAAUCUGAAUUUUGUGAAGAAAAUAUUGAAUUCUGGCUGGCCUGUGAAGACUUCAAAAAAACCAAGUCACCCCAAAAGCUGUCCUCAAAAGCAAGGAAAAUAUAUACUGAUUUCAUAGAAAAAGAAGCCCCAAAAGAGAUAAACAUAGACUUUCAAACCAAAAGUCUGAUUGCCCAAAAUAUACAAGAGGCUACAAGUGGCUGCUUUACAACUGCCCAGAAAAGGGUCUACAGCUUGAUGGAGAACAACUCUUAUCCUCGUUUCUUGGAGUCAGAAUUCUACCAGGACUUGUGUAAAAAGCCACAGAUCACCACAGAGCCCCAUGCUACAUGAGCUGGAGAAGGGAGCCCAAAAGUGGAGGACGUUUCAUUUUUUUCCUAAGGGGAAAGGCUGACCUGCCCAAAUGACUGACCUUGAAUUUAGCCUGGGUGUUCAGGAAACAUCACUCAGAACUAUUGAUUCAGAGUUAGAUAGUGAAUCAGGAAGCUGGUAACUGUCUAGGAGAAGCUUGUAUUGGUUCAGCUUCCAUAGCCGUGUCAAGAAUGCAGGGAGAAAGUGGUCCAAAUGUGGUGUGUCUCACACUGGAAAUGGAGGAACGUGAGACUAAAAGUUCUCAUAAAAGGGAUGAUGUGAUACUGUUGGUCCAGGAGCAUUUAAAAUCAAUAGGUCUGGGAUUAUGUGGCCUUAGCUAGCUGGCUGUAUAUCUUUCCCUAACUCAGUCCAUGUUACCACAUAGUGGUUUUAGUUUUAGUUAUUUAGCAGUAAGUAAUAUUAAAAUGUUUACUGUGUGUAAGGGUGUUGAAGUUCUUACGACUACAGAUCAUCAGUACUGUUAUCUCCUGUAACACUAAAACUGAAAUGGUCUAUGUUUGAAUUGUUAAAUGGUGUGUGUUAAUAGAACGAGUGUUGUUGUGUAGAAAACUCCAUUGUCCAUUAUGAGUGCCAAAAAUUGUCCUGAAGGCA